AUGGCCCAAACACAUCUCAAAGUCGUUUUCGGUGCCAUGACGUUUGGUCCCAAGGGCACUCGAAGCGGCCAGGUCACCAGCCUCUCGGACCAAGCGUCUAUGCUCGACACCUUCCAGUCCCAUGGCCACAGCGAGAUCGAUACCGCACGGCUGUACAACAACGGUCACUCCGAGUUGAUGCUUGCACAGAACAACUGGCACAAGCGCGGCUUGUCUGUUGCUACCAAGCUGUACCCUACAAAAGGAGCUGUCAGUGUGGACUUCCGGAGAGCAGCUAUGGACUUCCCGAUGUACGAUCAUUCUCCGGCUGAUUUAAGACGUGGGCUGGGAGAGAGUUUGGAGGCGUUGGCAGCGGAAGAGGUGGGUGUGGAUGUGUUCUAUCUGCAUGCGCCAGAUAGGAAUACGCCAUUCGAGGAGACGUUAAGGGGGGUGAACCAAUUGUAUGAAGAAGGAAAGCUCAGAAGGUUCGGUGUCUCUAACUACAUGGCUUGGGAGGUGGCGCAAAUGUGCGAGAUCUGUAUUCGUAAUAACUGGAUCCGCCCAACCAUCUAUCAAGGGCUCUACAACGUCUUCAGCCGCAAAAUGGAAGACGAGCUCAUUCCCUGUCUGCGAUACUACAACAUCUCCUUCUACGCCUAUGCGCCACUAGCUGGUGGACUCAUGACAGGAAAGUACUCCCGCGACCAGACUGACUUCGAACCCGGCAGUCGAUAUGCUCCGGGCACUUUGAGUAGCAGGACUCAUCGUCCGAGGUACUGGAAUGAUCUAUACUUCGAUGGGAUUGAAGAAGUCAGAGCUGCAGCGGACAAGCAUGGGUUGACGCUCGCAGAGGUGGCGUUGAGGUGGAUGAAUUGGCACUCGAAAUUGGAGAAGGAAACAGGCGAUGCGGUGAUUGUCGGCGCGAGCAGUGUGAAGCAUUUGGAGCAGAAUCUAGUGGACCUAGAGAAGGGACGUUUGCCUGAGGAUGUUGUGCAAGCAAUGGAAAGCGCUUAUCUGAAAGUAAAGGCUGUUGCGCCACCUUACUAUCAUUGA